CUAUCACUCCAGUUGUAUCAGGUCGUAUCUUGCGUCCGCAUAGCGCGUUUGAUAAAACGUAGCUCACGUUUUAAAUGAACUUACGUGGUAACAGGUAUUGAUUACGCUCUGCAUGCUGGGUAAAAAGGACAAACGAGUUUCCUGGUUGUGUUCCGCAAUCUGGAGUCGUUCCAUAAUGCGAGCACAAUCGCAGUGCAUUGGUGUGAUAUUGAAGUGAAGCUUAGUGUAUACACACGAAUAUCUGGAUACAAGGACACUAGGAAACAAUGAGGGUAGGAAGGACAGGCGUCAGCAAAAUUAGGACGAUGGGCCUUUUGGCAUUUGUGACUGCCUUGGUCUACCUAACCUUGAACUGGGAAAACAGCCUGCCUUCCAUGGAAAACAUUUUGCCAAAAACCAAACUGUCGAGAGGUGACCUAAACUGGAGCUUUGAAGCAAUCAUGGAAUUUCCGAGAAAAUAUACAUGUGACAGAUGGAUCGUUGUGGAUACAGGAAAACGUGCCACUGCUCAACACAUUAAACAGGUGGCUGAUAGACUGCAUACUCCCUGGUGCGCUGUUGUAGUUUCAGAUACCUUACCCUCGUCUGAUACAUUAGCAUUACAGCAGGAGGACCGUCAUCACUUGCAUGUAGUUUUACCUAAUAAACAAAAUGGAAUAAUAUACUUAAAUGGUGCCACGAAGUACAGCGCUCUUCUCAAGUCCGACGUGAGACGAAAAACGAUUGGCUACUUGUUUGCUAUUACCAGUGGAGCGACAAUGAUUUACGACGACGAUGGUGGAAUAGAAUAUGAAUGGCUGACCUCUGGCCCGCCUCUUCAUGACAAAAAUGUUGAGCUCCCUCUCGUUAUACCAGCCGGUCAAGUAAACUUUUGGAACCCUUUGGCGUAUUUCUACUCUAGAAGUGAUAUCUGGCCUCGUGGUUUCCCAGGUAACAUGUCGAGGCGUCCUGCCUGUAGUGCUCCCCCGUUACCGACCGCAUUGCGCAAUUCAAGCGUGUUACUUUCCCAUUUUCUCACAGGUGGGUAUGCCGAUGAGACGGAGGGAACUCUGAAGUCGCCACUGAAAUUCAACAAAGCCAUACGUGGUCCCGUGGAAGUACAAAAAGGUACAUUUGUGCCCUACGGCCAGCAUUCAACGUUACAUAUGUAUGAUGCAUUUUGGGGACUUCUCGUACCCACCACAUGCGAAGAGUCGAUAUCUGAUAUUAUCCGUGGUUAUAUCACUCAGAGACUUCUGUGGGACAUAAACGGUAGCAUGUCGGUCUCCCCGCCCUGGACCAAAAGAAGAACCUCAUCGAACCGAAGAACCAGGAAAAGCUCUCAUAAUUAUGAUAAAACGCUAAUCGAAGUAGUCAAUCAUUUAGAGACGUGGUCCAGCAAAUCGACUUCAAUUGAUGCGAGACUAAAAGAACUGUAUCUACAUUUAUUCGAGAAAGGAAUCAUUUUGAAGGAAGAUCUGUUAAUAUUAGACACCUGGUUAGAGUUGCUGACGGCCGCCGGGUAUGUCUUCCCGCGAACCCACGUGCCAGGGUGGGCCGAAAGGCGGGCGAUGGCCAAACCCUGGGACAGUGUAAGGUUGUGUGUACAUUUCAAUAACGUACCCAACAAGCAAGCCUUUACAACUCUGUAUCAAAUGUACAGUAGACAUUUCAAGGAGAUAUCAUUUACUGGGGACGGCGCUAGGCAACCGUUUAUGGACCCAAGCGUUCAUUUUCUGCCCUGCACAAAAGAGGAACAAGAUGGUGGCAGGUUUCUGCAUCGAUGCCUUCUUAAGCAUUUAACCUAUAGUGGAUUUGGAAAUAAUCGCACGCCGUUUCUUUUUGUAAGUGAUGAUACCUUCUUUAACCUUUCAUCUUUUUUGUCCUAUCGUCGAGAUGUUCUCUGGAUAUUGGGACCUAUAGGAACAAGCGAUAUUGACGUCACGUGGCCAGACAGUUGGUAUUGGUGGCCAUUCCCGUACGGUGGUGCCGCGCUGCGGAAAAUCCUCGAUAUUCUGCCUGGAGAAUGGAGGGACCACCUGGCCCUCAUGAAAAAUUGGACGCAGUCAGGAAAACGAUUGGUAUCUGUAUAUAACGCAGACACUGUAUUCAUUCCAAAUAAUCGAUACCAGACACGUUUUAUUGAAGUUUUGAAAUGGCUGACGGGGGCUAACAUUCCGAGUUUGUUUGCUGAAAUUGCUUCGCCAUUGCUAGUUGACCUAACCACUGAGAAGUUAGACCGAUCUGAUGUUAUUUCAUUAAAAAGCAAUUAUCCACAUACAGGUCUCGAGACUGCGCUGAAGGCGAGGUCAUGCAAUUUACUACACCCUUUAAAGUUGUCCAAGGACAGGGAUAGGCUUAUCUGGCUGUCCAUGUUUAAGAGUGUGGAAACAAUUUUAUAGGCGUCACCAAAGCUGACCUGCAAAAAUUAUUUUUCAAAAUAAAUUUUAUUUUUACUCUUA